CUUGAACGACGACGAACAACGACAAGCAACGAUGGCACCUUCUAUCGACGAGCCACCCAAGCCGAUGAACUGGGCUGAUGAUGUCGACGAUGACAUCUCUCCCGACGCGCCCAAGAUCGAGGAGCGCGACGAGGGAAACGGCGUAAAGGUCAUCAUCGAAUACCGGACAAACCCUGAGGGAAAGAAGGUCAAGAUUACGCGCAGGAUCCGCCGCACUCUUGUCACGCAAAAAGUCAACGCCGUGGAAGCAGAGAGGAAGCAAUGGGCCAAAUUUGGUGGCGAAAAGGGCCGCGCCGCCGGUCCUCAUAAGAGCACGACGACGGUGGGCGAGAGCGUGCUUCUCAAGAUGAGCGCGGGAAGCGAGAAGACCGAGCCAGAGCCCGACGCAAUGGACCAGAUGCGACAGCAGCUUGCCAAGAAGAAGAUUACGUGCCGUCUUUGCAAGGGCGAGCACUUUACUUCCAAAUGUCCGUACCGCGACACGCUCGAGGCGAUCCCCGGCGCUGCAGACACGCCCGAAGGCGAUGGCUCGCUCACGCCUGCUGCUGCGGACCCGACCAAUCCGGCGGUGGCUGCCUCCUCGGCGGGACCUGGUGGCAAGUACAUUCCUCCUUCGAUGCGUGCAGGCGCCAAUCGGACCGGCGAGAGGAUGGGCGGACCUGGUGCAGGGAUGUCGCGCGAGGAUAUGCCGACGUUGCGUGUCACGAACCUGGGCCAAGACGCCGAAGAGGACGACUUGCGGAUGAUGUUCAGCCGCUUCGGCCACGUCACCCGAGUGUACAUUGGCAGGGACAGGGAGACGGGCGAGGGCAAAGGCUACGCCUUUGUCAGCUUCUCCGACCGCGAGUCGGCCGACACGGCUCGGCAAAAGAUCGAUGGCAGAGGGUACAACAACCUCAUCAUGUCGGUCAACUGGUCUCAACCGAGGGCCGAGCGGCCUUGAUUUGUUAAGGCCUUUGUUUCAUCUACCAUCCUCAAAAGUCUCUUCAGGUAGUGCUUCUACCGUGAUGAUAAUGCAUCUCUUUUCCAUCUUCUUGCGUUUCCAGUCUGUGAGGUACAGGACAUUUGUGCUCUCUGUUGAUUUCAUUGUUGCCUCCUUCGAGCCAUUCAUAGACUUCGAUCAUGUGGUGCGAGACACA